AUGGAGACUUCAACACCCAAAGUUUUCAACACCCACUUCUGUUUGCACUUGGCGAACCAAAUUUUAGAAAAGGAAGCAGGAAAAGGCUCUAAAUUUGUUGCGUCUCCUUUGUCAUUACAUGUUAUAUUAAGCCUAAUAACUGCAGGGUCAAAAGGGCAUACCUUGGAACAACCUUUAUUGUUUUUGAGAUCAACUAGUGUCAAUGAUCUAAAUCUUUUGUCUUCACAAAUUAUCAGUUUGACAUCUCCAGAUGAUGCAACUCAAGAGAACCUCACUCGGGGUCCCCUUUUAUCCUUUGUCAAUGGUGCUUGGCUAGAUCAGAGGUUCAGUCUGAAGCCAUCUUUUGAAGAGAUUAUCAAAUAUUCUUCUAAAGCUGAGAUUAAGAAUGUUGACUUUCUUAAAAAGGCUGAUGAAGCGGUAGCUGAAGUGAAUUCCUGGGCUGAAAAAGCAACCAAAGGACUAAUAAAGCAAGUCCUUCCACCUGGAUCCUUAGACAGUAGAACUCUACUUGUCCUUGCAAAUGCCCUCUACUUCAAAGGAUCAUGGGAUCAAAAUUUGAUCCUUCAAGGACUGAACCGAGAGACUUUCACCUUCUCAACGGCCAAACCGUUCGAGCCCCUUUCAUGA